AAUAAAUAAGAAGAUAUUACAAUGAAGAAAAUGCUUAUACAGGUGUUUGGCUUUUUGAUAUCCACUGUUGGUUGGUUUUUAGUGUGCUGCACGGUGGGAAUGGACUACUGGAGAGUUACCUACAUAGGGGGUCAAGGAGGCUCCUGGAUCAUAAAGGCUGCAUGGUACUGGUCCACCCUUUGGAGAGACUGCUAUAUAGACUCCAGUGGUGUGUCUAGCUGCAAGGACUAUGACACCAUGUGGGAUGUGAACCCUACAAGUAGGACAGAGCAGGGAUCGAUACAGGCUGUGCGGGCUUUGUUGCUUGUUGGGAUGUUUCUGGGACUUUUCGCCACCAUAUUUUGUUUUUUUGGGAUGGACUGCACAUAUAUCGGUGGACAGGAGAAAACCAAGUACAAAAUAUUACUAUUAGGAACUGUUCAUCAUUUUGCUGGUGGAAUGUGCUGCUUUGCUGCUUAUUGCUUAUUCACAGGUAGACUGGGCACAGUAGCAUUUACACGCAUGGCUGAUGCACGUCUCUUAAGGUAUUACAUCGGUACUCCAGUAUUGUUUGGUUUGAUAGGCAGUUCUUGCAUAAUUCUGAGCUCUGUUCUGUAUGCUGUGACUUUCUACAGUGUCCUCACAGGAAAUAGAGAGAUGGACAUUUCAGCUUCAAGAAAAUACAUUGCUCCUAAGACACACAAGACAUACAAGAAGAAAGGUCAAACAUUUUACAUCAGAGACGAUGCAAGAUCAAUUCAAUCAAGGUCCUUCAUCCAAUCAAGUAGCCAAGUGUCAAGAAGUUCUAUAAUUCAGGCUGACAGAGACACUUUUGUUUGAAUGUUGAAGCAUGGACGAUACUUCCAACGCUUACAUUUUACUUGCUACCAUUAGAGGUGGAAAGUAACAAAUAAGUAUAACAAAUGUGUACUUGUUACAGUACUUAUGUAAAAAUUUAUUGUAAAAAAAAAAUAGUCUACACACCCGUUUUAAAUUUCAGGUUUUUAUAAUGUAAAAAUGAAACCAAGAUUAAAUCAUGUCGGAUUUCUAAUGUGAUACAGUAGCCAAGAAAAUUAAAGUGAAAAACAAAUAGAAACAUACAUCUGUCAUCAAUGAAGUGAUUCUGAUUAACACCACAUACUGUAAAGGUCAGCUUUUUCUAGUCAGUAAUGACAGUAUAAUAGAAUACAUUUUAGGAGAAGAGAAGGGAAAUACAACAGAACAGAAUGACACACACACAUCUAUCUAUCUAUCUAUCUAUCUAUCUAUCUAUCUAUCUAUCUAUCUAUCUAUCUAUCUAUCUAUCUAUCUAUCUAUCUAUCUAUCUAUCUAUCUAUCUAUCGAUGUAAAAUUGUAUACAAAUGUGUCCGCACACAUUCUGUAUAUAACUGAAUGACAAUAUGAGAAUUAUCACUGUAUAGGAUAGAAAGCAUUAUGAAGAUGUAGAACAGAAUACAACAAACUACUAUAAGUAUUUUAUAUUGAUUAGGAUAGAUAUUUAUGAUAAGAUCAUAGAAUAUACUACAAGAGAAAACAAGGGAAUUUGACAGAAUAGAGUAGAAUGCAUUAUGAUAGAAUAGAAUAUGAUACAUUGAGCGGCUACAAUUAUUGACACCUAAAUGAUCUUUGGGCCACUGCAAAAGUAGAACAGACUUUCAGUACAUAAAUUGUGCAUGAUUAAUUAAUCAAACUUCCACUGGAAAAAAAAAGUUGAUUCCCGAUUACUUAGCAUAUCAAAUCAUGUGACACCGUUCCACAAUUAGACACCUUUGUCUACAGUUGACACCAUUCCACAAUUUUCGACAUCCAGAUGAUUUUUUUUUUUUUAAAUUGGUAUGUGGUAUUAAGUGAACAAAAUAGUUUUUAUUUAAAAAUUUGUUUUACAUAGACUUAUAUUUAGUACAAGAUGUCUUUUUAUAUAAAUAUAUCGAUGUCGGUGCUUAUAUAAAUGAGGAAGUAAUUCUAAUGUUUGUAAACAAAUGAACUGAUCAUGUUUGACCUGUGUCAGAAAAUCUUUGUUCCACUUUCUACCCACUUUCUAAGUAUUUUUGUAGAUCACAUUUUGUUAAUAAUUUGUUGUUUGUAUUAAUUUCUAGUUUUGUAGUUUACCAAUAAAUUUCAACAGGCAAUUGACAUUGUAACCACAUAAAAAUCCAGGUCAAAGUCACAUGUCAUUCCUCAAACCAAAAUAUAUUUUUACAUCUAAAAAUAAAAAAAAAUUCUACUGA